GACUCCUGAUUGGCUCAAACCGCCUGACGUCAUCAUUGUGCGUCCCUUCAUGCCUCAGCGCUCUCCGAUACAUGUUGAGCGUGUGUUACAGUAAGGGUUGAAUUCAGUGAAAAUGGCGAGCUGGUGUGUGCGAGCAGUGAGACAGAGCUACUCAAUUGUAUCUUCACCUGCGCUAGUAAGAGCAUCUCCACGACUGUUAUGCACAGCCACCCAGCAGAAGAAUGGCCCCGGUCCGGAGGAGGAGGCUGAGAAGCCGGAGCAGAGUGCAGCAGAGACCCAGCUGGAGGAACAGCUCAAAGACAUGACAGAGAAGUACAAGCGGGCCUUAGCAGACACGGAGAACCUCAGGACCAGGAGUCAGAAGAUGAUCGAAGAUGCUAAACUAUACGGGAUCCAGGGCUUCUGUAAGGACCUGCUGGAAGUGGCCGACAUCUUAGAGAAGGCCACAGAGAGCGUGCCCAAGGAGGAGGUGACGAGCCAGAACCCCCACCUGAAGAACCUGUACGACGGCCUGGUGAUGACCGAGCUCCAGAUCCAGAAGGUCUUCACCAAGCACGGCCUGGUCAAGCUCAACCCCGACGGGCAGAAGUUUGACCCCUACGAGCACGAGGCCCUUUUCCACGCCCCCGUGGAGGGCAAGGAGCCCGGCACCGUCGCUGUAGUAACCAAAGUGGGCUACAAGCUUCACGGUCGAACCCUCAGGCCAGCAUUGGUGGGCGUGGCCAAAGCCUCGUAGAAGCGCUGAUGUAACUGUGACAAAGUGGGACCGGCUCUGUUGCCUGAGUGCUGGAUGAGCUCAGGUCCAGACACUGGUCCAGGCUCUGAGAGACGGGAACCCAACUGAACUGAACUUUAUAUCCGGACGGUAUCCACCAGUUUUUAACAGACACAUUUACACAUACACUUUGUCUGGCACACAGCAGUCCUUCCAGUAGAAUCGCAGUGUCAGAGUCAGUUAUUGCCAGAGAUUGUGAACAACUAUGAAUCUUAACGAAAGAGAAAUAUGAUGAAACAAGUGACCAUAAAGCCCUCUAAUGUUUUGGGUGAGCUAUGAUGUGAAGUUCAUCCCCAUAUUGAGUAAAGCUGAUUCUGAACUGCUGGGAUCAUUCCAGACUUUUGCUAAAGCCCUAAUAAUCUUGAACUUGCCUCCUGUUUUCUUGUCCUGUGUGUGUGAGUUGAAUAUUAAUUCUGUGAAUAUAGCCAGGAUCCGUACUUGAGGAGAUAGAGAUAAAGUUGCGAUGUUACUUUGUUUGUUCGUUUGGAUGUGAUCAGCUCCGGUAAGACAGCGUCAGUAAUUUUAAGGUUCUCAUGCCUCAAUUUGGCUCAGUGGUGCCUGGCGGUGAUGUCACAUCUUAUCUGUAAACCAUUAGCAUAAUUAUGUGUCACGGCAUCAGAUUAAACAAAUUAAAGC